AUGGAUACAAAAUACAAGGACGAUCUGUUCAGGAAGUAUGUGCAGUUCCACGAGUGCAAACUGAACGCCUCGGACAACAAGCAGCGUCCCAUCAACGAUGAGUACCUGCGUGUGGCAGCUGCAGCCCUGCUCUGCCUGCCCAAGAUCGAUCCCUUUUAUAGAUUCCGGCUGAUCAAGUUCUACGAGAUGGCCGAGAACUCGCUGAGAGCUGUGAAAUCCUCCAGUUUACAUUCUCUCCAUAACGCAUUCAACAUGCUCGAGACGGUUGGGAUUAAUCUCUUUCUUUACCCCUGGAAAAAGGAGUUCAAGAAUAUUAAGACCUACACUGGACCCUUUGUUUAUUAUGUAAAGUCUUCUCUAACCGAAGAUGAUGUCAGGCAGAUUCUGAACUACAUGGGCUAUGUCCCAGAACUGGGAACAAUGUAUAAGCUCAAAGAGCAGGUUGAUGCCAUUCAAGUGAAAAUGAUUUCAUUUGAACUCUUUCUGGCCAAAGUGGAGUGUGAGCAGCUCCUUGAAAUCCACUUGCAAGUGAAGGACAAAGGGUAUUCGGAGAUCGACGUGAUCCACGAGCGGAAGAGCAGCACGGAGGACGUCAGGGGCUGCGCGGAGGCCAUGAAACGCCGCGUGGAGGUCAAGGAGAGCCUCAACACCUCCAUGGCGCGGAUGGUGCUCCAGAAAUCGGCCAGCGAACGCGCCUCCAAGGACUACUUCAAGCCAAAGGUGAGCAAGCCUUCCAAGUCGGUGGACACCUAUGAUAGUUACUGGGAGACCAAGAAGCCGCCUCUGAUGAGCUCCCUGAGCCUCAGGAAGGAGCCGAUUCUGGUUGAUGCAGAAGAUGACAUUAAAGAUGAGAUUAUCCGCCCGUCGCCCUCCCUGCUGACCAUGUCCAGCUCCCCACACGGGUGUUCUGAUGAGUACUUGCCAACUUCAUCUCACCACAAUGGCAUGCUAAGAACAAAUGUCCCUUACAGCUCCUAUUUUUCUGCUCAAGAGGACUUAGAUUUAUAUACUGAUCACGAUUCUAGAAGCAUGUUGAAUUUUAAAAGACAAGAGUCUAUUAAGCCUGACGUAUGGGUGUUAAAGAGUGAUGCCAACCCCGUUUACCCCAAACGCACCCACCUAGCCAAAGAGACAGCUGCCAAGUGCCAGAGCUGUGGCAUACCUUGUGGCACCUCUGUUUGCCAAAAGUGUGACAAUCUGUUCAACUCGCGGCAGGAAUACCCAGCGGUGAAGCAGAGCACCUACUCCAUCAAACCCCUCCCCAGCGACGGCUUGUCUCCCGCGGCUGCGCUGAGGGAGAAAUCUCAGUACACGUCUCAGACUCAGAGUCAAGACAGAGCUGCUCAGUUCAGCUCCAAAUCCAAACCCUCGGGCACCUCGCGCUGCGGCUUCUGUAACCGCUCCGGAGCUGCCAACACGUGCACCUUCUGCUCCAAAGUCUCCUGUGACACUUGCCUCAAUGCUUACUAUUACGAUCCCUGCUGUAGGAAGAGUGAGCUCCACAGGUUCCUGCCCAACAACCAAUUAAACUAUAAGUCAUCCCAGCUGUCCCAUGUGGUUUACAGAUAG